UUUUGAACCAGAAAAUUAGCGUUAAAUACGCGUAGCUUUCCACAAUAUAGAGGGCUCACAUUUCAUCUUUUGUAAUCCAUUCAAUCUCAGGACAACCUUAAAAUAUACAAACACGUUCAUAUUAUUAGUAUUAGUUCAAGAAAAUUAAGGAGACACAAGCGAAAUAGAUAGACAGGGAAGCCAUGGAAACAGCUGGUAAUGGUCGUGCAGCUCAAAGCAAUCGUGGCCUCGGUGGGGGGAAUAUUAGUUCCUCCUCUUUCCGCCUCCGCAGCCCGAGUCUCAACAAGGUCCGUCUACGUCGAAUCUUUGAUAUUUUCGACAAAAAUAAUGAUGGCAUGAUCACUCUUGACGAGCUAGGCCAGGCUCUCGGCCUCCUCGGCCUGAACACUGAUAUGUCUGAACUAGAAUCAAUGAUCCAAUCACAUAUUAAACCUGGAAACGCGGGCCUUACAUACAAAGAUUUCGAGGAUCUACACGUUUCGUUGAACAAUGUGUUUUUUGGAUUGGAUGAGGGUGUUGAUGAGGAAGCGCAGGACGAAUCUGAUUUGUCCGAGGCGUUCAAGGUUUUCGAUGAGGAUGGGGACGGAUACAUUUCGGCCCGGGAGUUGCAAGUGGUGUUAGGCAAGUUAGGAUUGCAGGAAGGUGGAGAAAUCGACAGGGUUGAGCAGAUGAUUUCGUCAGUCGAUAGCAACCAUGAUGGACGUGUAGAUUUCUUCGAAUUCAAGAAUAUGAUGCGUUGUGUUACUAUCCCUUCUUCUUGAUUUGGAAAUCUACUUCUCCAUCAUUUAAAUUUCAUUUUUCUUCCUUUCUGUUUUUGUCCCUUUUUCUAAAGAGUAAUAUUAUUCGUAGUUCCUCACUACGCUAAUCGUCCUACGUGAAAUACAUAUAGAAAAGUCCAUGUGUAUACCUCGUAGAACGACUACUAUAGUGACUAGUGAAUAACUGCAGAUAGCAUUAUUCUUUUCUAAAUCAUGUCUUGUUGUGGAAAGUAUUUAUGAUGUGUCUGGGAGGAUGUAGUAUUGAACAAACCCGGAUUUCCGUACUAUCUAAUGUAUUGUGAAAAUUAGUGUUUGAUUGUAUUUGUACCUAACAUUAUUGUAGAAAUUAUUGUCGUUGUUCAAAAGGCACACUCUUGUAUUCUAGUACCUUUAUACGCACAGGCGAAUUGAACAUAGAGGGAAUGUUUGAUAAAGCUUUUGAUACAAACAUUGAGUAGGUAACGAAAAAAAAUUGUAUCUUUGGCUUUUGGCCAACAACCAAUGAGAAUUUGCGAAAUGAGGACUA